UGCCCUGCCAGUUCCUGCUCCCGCCACCGAUGAAGGCGUGAAGGCCGAGCUGACCAGGAGAAGGGAACUCUUAAGCAGCUGCUAAGAUGGGCAUGAGGAUCAAGCUGCACAGCACCAACCACCCCAACAACCUGCUGAAGGAACUCAACAAGUGCCGGCUGUCCGAGACCAUGUGCGACGUCACCAUCCUGGUGGGCUCCCGCUCCUUCGCCGCGCACAAGGCCGUGCUGGCCUGUGCUGCUGGUUACUUCCAGAACCUCUUCCUCAACACGGGGCUGGACGCUGCCAGGACCUACGUGGUGGAUUUCAUCACGCCGGCCAACUUUGAGAAGAUCCUGAGCUUCGUGUACACCUCGGAGCUCUUCACCGACCUCAUCAACGUGGGUGUCAUCUACGAGGUGGCGGAGAGGCUGGGCAUGGAGGAUCUGCUGCAGGCUUGUCACUCCACCUUCCCUGACCUGGAGAGCUCGGCCAUCACCAAGCAGCCUGCCCUGGCUGUGGGGGAAGGCCGGGCUGGGCCGCUGAGCAGCACCUCCUCGGAGCAGAGCCACUCUUUGGGAGACAUCCGGAGCGGCGCGGAGCACUUCGGCCCCGAGCGGAGUUACCUCCUGCACGGGGACGUGGCAGGCGGCUACAAAGAGGAUGACAGGAAUCCUGUGGGUGAGGCCAGCCAGGCUCUUCCCCUGAUGCACCCACAGCAGCCUCCUAAGACAGAGCAGGAGUCGGAUCCGGGGCAGUUUGCUCCUGUCGCGGGUCUGGGGGUCCAGCAAGGUGGGAAUGUCGUGGCACAGACCACCGGCAGCUCCUGCCCCCAGUACAAGGCCCAGAGCAAUGGUGACUACAGCAAGGGCAGCUUCUUCCCCACUGACCCCUCCCUGGAUGUCUCCACGGGGAGCAACUCCUGCCCCAGCAACAGCGACCACUCCAAAGAGCAGGGAUUCGAGCAGAUGGAUGAGCUCCAGCUGGAGGAUUUGGGAGAGGCCGAGCUGCAUUUUGAGGAUGCUGGAGAAGAGCUGGUCCCGUCUGAGGAAGUGAUUGAGCUGAGCGAUGACAGCGAGGAGGAGCUGGCCUUUGAGAGCGACAGCCGGGACAGCAAGGCCAUGCCCUGCCAGGUGUGCAAGAAGGUGCUGGAGCCCAACAUCCAGCUGAUCCGCCAGCACGCCAGGGACCACGUGGACCUGCUCACGGGGAACUGCAAAGUGUGUGAGACCCACUUCCAGGACCGCAACUCCAGGGUCACUCACGUGCUGUCCCACAUCGGCAUCUUCCUCUUCUCCUGCGACAUGUGCGAGACCAAGUUCUUCACGCAGUGGCAGCUGACGCUGCACCGGCGGGACGGGGUCUUCGACAACAACGUCGUCGUCCACCCCAGUGACCCCCUGCCGGGGAAGGUGGCUGUGUUUGGGGCAGGGCCCAGCCCUGAGCUGGCCUGUGCUGCCUGCGGGAAGCCUUUGGCCAAAGAUUUCCACACGGUGCGGAACCACCUGCUGGAGCACGUGAACCUGAAGAGCCAGACGUGCGGCGUGUGCGACCAGCGGCACCUGAGCCUCUGCAGCCUGAUGUGGCACGCCCUGUCCCACCUGGGCAUCUCCGUCUUCUCCUGCUCCGUCUGUGCCAGCAGCUUCGUGGACCGGCAGCUGCUGGAGAAGCACCUGGCCGUGCACCAGCACGCGGAGGAGGCUCUUUUCCAGUGCCACUUCUGCAGCCAGAGCUUCAAGCUGGAAGCUGCCUACCGCUACCACGUCAGCCAGCACAAAUGUGGGGGCAGCCUGGACAUCCGGGCGGGCUUUGGGGAGCGCCUGCAGCCGCAGGGGCUGCCCAAGAGGAAACUGCCCGAGGAGUUCCUGAGCGAAGAGCUGGCGCUGCAGAGCCAGCCGGGCAACAGCAAGUACAGCUGCAAGGUGUGCGGCAAGAGGUUCGCCCACACCAGCGAGUUCAACUACCACCGGCGCAUCCACACCGGGGAGAAGCCGUACCAGUGCAAGGUGUGCCACAAGUUCUUCCGAGGGCGCUCCACCAUCAAGUGCCACCUGCGGACGCACUCGGGGGCCCUCAUGUAUCGCUGCACCGUGUGUGGCCACUACAGCUCCACGCUCAACCUGAUGAGCAAGCACAUAGGGGUGCACAAGGGCAGCCUGCCGCCCGACUUCACCAUCGAGCAGACUUUCAUGUACAUCAUCCAUUCCAAAGAGGCUGAGAAGAACACGGAUAGCUGAUGGGGCAGGGCCGCGGUGUGAGUGGAGGAAG